AUGGCUCCCCCUAAGGCUGCUGAGAAGAAGCCCUCCACUGGAGGCAAGGCCCCCGUUGCCGGCAAGGCUCCCGCUGAGAAGAAGGAGGCUGGCAAGAAGACUUCCGCCGCCACCGGCGAGAGAAGAAGCGCGGCAAGACCCGCAAGGAGACCUACUCCUCUUACAUCUACAAGGGUGAUCCUCAAGCAGGUCCACCCUGACACCGGUAUCUCCACUCGUGCUAUGUCUAUCCUGAACUCUUUCGUCAACGAUAUCUUCGAGCGUGUCGCCACUGAGGCCUCCAAGCUGGCUGCCUACAACAAGAAGUCCACCAUCUCUUCCCGGGAGAUCCAGACCUCCGUUCGUUUGAUCCUUCCCGGUGAGCUCGCUAAGCACGCCGUGUCCGAGGGUACCAAGGCUGUUACCAAGUACUCCUCGUCUGCCAAAUAA